AUAACUAGUUGAUAGUUAAAAAAUUCUGUAUUUAUAUAAUAUGUCGUAUUAAAUCAAAGAUAAAAAGGAUUUAACAUUAAAUCCUUAUUGCAUAGACUGUUAUUAUAUAUAAUACUAUAUACAGUUUAAUUAUAUGUAACAAGCAAAUAGAUUUAAAUGCCAUCAUAUGUACAUCAUUGUUUGUAAACAAGUCCAUGAGACAAUGAUACCUCAUUCUAUUUACUUGUUACAAUCCUGACCACAUGAGCAUUCGCAAUAACUGGUGAAUCGAACAAGUAGUGGGGUCUUUCUCGCGGAUGUUGAUUACUGUUUCGGUGAGUGUUGCCGAAAGUUUCCCGGUAAAUUAAUGAAAAACAUACGGCGUUCCUUAUGCAUAAAAUAUAAAAGUGCAUUGAAAUACUUUAUAACAAAGAUUACCGUACAUCAGUAUCGGUGUCAUUGUAAAAUAAGUGCGAGCAUUACAAUAAAAUACUAUUGUUUUAUGUCUCUACUAACAUAACAGAAAUGAAGAGAGUGUAGAGUGUAUGCGAGUGCAUUCAACAUACUCACACAAUCGGUAUAUUCGACAUGUUCGUGUACAAUGGCAACCUUGACACUUGGUGAUCGUUUUUGGCGGCUUCGUUCCGUUCUUACUGAAAUCGUGUUUGGUAGGAUCGCGUCGUGAGUGAAAGCGGCGGUGGCCAUUCUGUAAAAUCUUGCAGAGUUUGGCAGUAUCGAAUCAGUAAAAUAUUUCGCGCUUCGUAUUAACGAUAUUCCGUUAUUGUGUUUGUUUUCGUGAUUGCAAUUUCGUUCGCUUUAUAAUUCUCGUGUAAACUUUUGUUCUAUAAAGAAAUAUAUCAUAUAACAAACCACACCAAACAUUUUGUGCCUACAUUGGAAAUUGAGAAAAAUAAACAAUUAAGAUGUGUCUUUUAUAGUGCUAUAUAUAAAACUGUUACACAGUGCAUAGACACUACCGUGAAGUUUCUAUAUAAAAAAAUAAUGUUUAUGUGAAUUCGAUAACAGUGUUUAUCUAUUCCGCAUAUUAUAAAUUGAAUACUACUUCUAUAAAACAGGAAAAAUGGCACAAAUGAAACAACAACUACCACUUCAAAUGCCAGAUUUAAGUAGUCUUCGCAUAACUACAGCUGUUUCCAUGCUUGGUAAAGCAUAUGGAUGUGGACAGUGUAGUGCUCCUCCACCUGGACCCACAACAAGUUCUUCUGUUGGUGCAUCUGGAGCAACUGGCAGUAGUGUUGUAGCUCCAGGUUCUUUAGGACUUGUUUCCACACAACAAACACACACUCCUCCUCAACCUCCUGAACUGCCAAUGUUUUCAUGUCCUCGAAGACCAAACAUAGGACGUGAAGGCAGACAAAUUACCUUAAGAGCUAAUCACUUCCAAAUAACAAUGCCACGUGGUUACGUGCACCAUUAUGAUAUUAAUAUCCAACCUGAUAAAUGUCCUCGUAAAGUUAAUAGGGAAAUAAUAGAAACAAUGGUUCAUGCAUAUAGUAAAAUAUUUGGAACUCUUAAACCCGUAUUCGAUGGCAGGAAUAAUUUAUAUACAAGGGACCCCUUGCCUAUCGGUACUGACAAAAUAGAAUUAGAAGUAACACUGCCUGGUGAAGGUAAAGAUAGAGUUUUUAGAGUGGUGAUAAAGUGGCUGGCUCAAGUUUCACUGUUUGCUUUAGAAGAAGCUUUAGAAGGACGUACAAGACAAAUCCCAUAUGACGCUAUACUUGCUUUAGAUGUUGUAAUGAGGCAUUUACCAUCUAUGACAUAUACUCCAGUAGGUAGAUCAUUCUUUAGUACACCAGAUGGAUAUUACCAUCCAUUAGGUGGUGGUAGAGAAGUUUGGUUUGGUUUUCAUCAAUCUGUUAGGCCAUCCCAAUGGAAAAUGAUGCUAAACAUUGAUGUUUCUGCAACUGCAUUUUAUAAAGCACAACCUGUCAUAGAAUUUAUGUGUGAAGUAUUAGACAUUCGAGACAUAGGUGAUCAAAAGAGACCCUUAACAGAUUCUCAACGAGUUAAAUUUACCAAAGAAAUUAAAGGACUUAAAAUUGAAAUCACACACUGUGGGACAAUGAGGCGAAAAUAUAGAGUGUGUAAUGUUACGCGUAAACCUGCUCAAAUGCAAUCAUUCCCAUUACAAUUAGAAAAUGGACAAACAGUCGAGUGCACAGUUGCAAAAUAUUUCUUAGACAAAUAUAAAAUGAAACUGCGACACCCAUAUCUUCCAUGCCUUCAAGUUGGACAAGAACAUAAACAUACAUAUUUGCCACUUGAGGUCUGCAAUAUUGUUGCUGGGCAACGUUGUAUCAAGAAAUUGACUGAUAUGCAGACCUCUACUAUGAUAAAAGCUACAGCCCGGUCUGCUCCAGAUCGUGAACGAGAAAUAAAUAACUUAGUUAGAAGAGCUGACUUUAAUAAUGAUUCAUAUGUUCAAGAGUUUGGUCUGACAAUAUCAAACAAUAUGAUGGAAGUUAGGGGUCGUGUUUUGCCUCCACCCAAGCUACAGUAUGGAGGGCGCGUAAGUUCCCUCAGUGGACAGACGAAGCAGCAGGCUAUACCUAAUGGUGGUGUUUGGGAUAUGCGAGGCAAGCAAUUUUUCACAGGUGUGGAAAUUAGAGUUUGGGCAAUUGCUUGUUUCGCUCCACAAAGAACUGUACGCGAUGAUGCAAUACGUAAUUUUAUAGCACAAUUACAAAGAAUAAGCAAUGAUGCUGGGAUGCCAAUUAUUGGGCAACCAUGUUUUUGUAAAUAUGCUACUGGGCCAGAUCAAGUAGAGCCCAUGUUUAGAUAUCUAAAAGCGACAUUUUCAUCAUUACAACUUGUUUGUGUUAUAUUACCUGGAAAAACACCUGUAUAUGCUGAAGUCAAAAGAGUAGGAGAUACAUUAUUGGGUAUGGCAACGCAGUGUGUACAAGCAAAAAAUGUUAAUAAAACGUCACCACAGACGUUGUCGAAUUUAUGUUUGAAAAUCAACGUAAAAUUAGGUGGUAUUAAUAGUAUUCUAGUACCCACUAUCAGACCAAAAGUGUUUGAUGAACCUGUUAUAUUUUUUGGAGCUGAUGUGACUCAUCCUCCUGCUGGAGAUAAUAAAAAGCCUAGCAUAGCGGCAGUAGUUGCUAGUAUGGAUGCUCAUCCAUCUCGGUAUGCAGCUACUGUUAGAGUUCAACAACAUAGACAAGAAAUUAUUCAGGAACUUAGUUCAAUGGUGAGGGAACUCCUUCUUAUGUUCUAUAAAAGUACUGGUGGAUAUAAACCACUUAGGAUAAUUCUUUAUCGCGAUGGUGUCUCAGAAGGUCAAUUUCUUCAUGUUUUACAACACGAGUUAACUGCCAUUCGAGAAGCUUGUAUUAAACUUGAAGCUGAGUAUAGACCUGGAAUAACAUUUGUUGUAGUUCAGAAGAGACAUCACACUCGCCUAUUUUGUUCGGAAAAAAGAGAUCAAAGUGGUAAAAGCGGGAAUAUACCAGCCGGUACAACAGUGGAUGUCUGUAUAACGCAUCCAACUGAAUUUGACUUCUAUUUAUGUAGUCACCAAGGCAUCCAGGGCACGUCUCGACCAUCACAUUAUCACGUUUUAUGGGAUGAUAACCGUUUUGAAAGUGAUGAAUUACAAUCUCUAACGUAUCAAUUAUGUCACACGUAUGUCAGAUGUACGAGAUCCGUUAGUAUACCUGCACCAGCAUAUUAUGCUCAUCUCGUAGCAUUCCGAGCCAGAUAUCAUUUGGUAGAAAAAGAGCAUGAUAGUGGAGAAGGAUCUCAUCAAUCUGGCUGUAGUGAAGACCGGACACCAGGUGCAAUGGCAAGAGCUAUCACAGUUCAUGCAAACACAAAACGGGUUAUGUACUUUGCAUAAUUCUUCUUUGAAUUUUUCUUAGACACAUAAGCAAAAUAGUAAAAAUAAUAAAAAUAAUACCAUAAAAUGAUAAUGAUCAUCAUAUCUUGCACGUUGAUAUUUUUAGACUGCUUGAAAUGCUAGACAAUCUUCUUGAGUGGUCAACUUUUUUGCUUACUUUUAUAAUCAAAUAAAUCUGUCUAAUACCUAAAAAUAUGUCUAACAAUUUUAUAUUAAGCUUCUUUUUUUUCUUUUUUUUUUUAUUUAAUAUAUUGUGGACUAGGUUUUGGACAGAUUUUUUUAACACGUUAGGAAGUAGGUAUUAAACGAGGUGCUUUUAGUUAAUCAUGUUUUAGAUUGAUGCAGCUUGACUGUCGGAUCGUUUCGCGAUAAAAACCACGUGAAUGAAUAAUUUAAGAAUCCGUGCUGCCGUGGAUAUUACGCUUAUUUCUUUCUUUUUUUUUUCUUUUUAGUGGUUGAAUUUCCUCUAGCAUUUGUAUGAUGCAAAAAGAUCAUAUUACAACAUAAAUUCACGAUUGUAUAAAUCGCUUCUGCAAGACUGUUAUCUUGUUGUUUAUAUAUAGUUGUCAUUUGUAUCAGUCAUUUUUUGUAAAAAGGAAAAACAAGAAAGAUGUGGACUUUCAAGUCCCACGACGAUAAAAUAUUGGCAUGUAAAAUCUAUUUUGCUUCAGCAUAUUCGUUAUUAUGCGUAUGAGACUAUGUUCUUUACAAAUAACAUAUUUAUCAUAUCUAUGAUAUUUAUCAUAAGCAUUAAAAAAUUUGGCCACGUCAAGCAAUGAUUUGUCAAUGGGGAAAUACAAAUAAAUAAAAUUGUAAAUGUUAAUUAUGAAGGUCUCCAAGUGAAUGGCCAAAAUAUGUUAAGAAUCUUUAAUAAAAUCCAAAGUUGUGGCAGGUUGAUAAAACAUAAUGUUAUGUAAUAUGUUUAGUCUCAUAAAGAACAUCGUGCCACAUUUGCUAAAUGAUAUCUUUUGUAUGACUUAAACUUGAAUGAAACUAAAUCUAAUGUCAUUUUUGGGAUUGUUUAGAAUAUGUAAAAGAUUGACCUAUAUACAAACACAGAUCAAGAAUUUCUCAUGUGACUAAGAAAAACUUCAAAUGAAUGAUAUGUAAUUAAGAGUUGUUCUUCAUAAUAAUAAGUAGAAUGAAAUAUGGUUUGAUCAUUGAAUUAUAAUUAUGUAAAAGAAUAGUAUGUUACACAUACAAACAAUUUAAAGUUAUCAACCGAAAAUACAGAGACGUAUAUUUCAUUCUUCUUUUUUUUUAGUUGCACGGACAUUAUUCUUUGUAUAUGGAACGAGAAUUAUUGCGUAGCUUGAACUGUGGUAGUACUUUAUUCAUAUCGACGAAGGUAAAUGAAUACCUUCUAUCUGUAUGUUUGAAAUAUGAAACAUCUCUUCAAGCAAGGCAAGUACUUUUAAAUGAAAUCUAUAUGGCAUUAGAUCCUGGUUGAUGAUGAUUCUCUAUUGAUACAGAAAAUGACUUGAUUAAAAAUAGAGUAAGGUAAUUUAAUAAACGCAGAGUUAUUCAAAAUAUAACAUGAAAUUAUUAGGAUAAGCUUUAUUUUAUUUAUCGUGUAAUGCGAGUUUUAAGGUCCUCAAGUUUUUAUUUCAAAAAAUGCAUCAUUCAUGAUUCAUAUGCAAAUGGAACUACGUAAAUGGAACAAUAAUCUUAAUGGAAACAAUAAUUGUGUUAAGAGCCUUGCAAGUAACUACAAUGUAGAGGCAAUAGAUAGGAUAAUGAAGUGUAUAAGUAUGUAUUGACGUGCCCCACAAAUCGUUUAUUAUAUACCGUUAGAAUCAUUAAUACACUAGUAAAAUUUUUGAUAAUUUUCGUUGUUUUAAAUAUAACACAGGUAAUUCUUUAAAAUGAUAAUUUAAUUUUAUUUAACACAGAGCAGUAUUAAUAAUAUUUAAACAUCAUAUCAUUACACGAUGAAGCAAAUUAUAAAAUUGUGAAACUUGUUAAAGGUUUUUAGCAAAUAUCCGUGAUAGAGUUCUACAAAUUUUAUUUAAUGUAGGAGCCAAUUUAUAAAUAGACAAUAAGUGCAAAAAUUCUACUCUAACGUUUGGUAUUUUAAUAGAGAUCCCAAAACAUAGCAGGAAAGAAAUCAUUCCGAAAAUAUUAAUCAGUGGAAUUGCAAUUUGGAUAAUAGAGUAGAUUAGCACCUGAAAUUUGUAGAACUUUGUGCAUUAAUGAUUCUAAUUUUAGAUUUACAAGCGACAGAAUGUUAAUAUUAUCUCGGAAAGUAUGAAAAGGACCUUAAUCUAUCAAUAAUAUUUAUUCUAAUUAUAAAUUUAAGUCUAUACCGUAGGUUAUCACUUGUAAUCAUAAUGUUUAAUGCCUAGUUUCUGACUUUAUGACAGAUUAGGCAACUUGUUAAAUAUGAUUUAAUUAUGAGUAAAGGUCUGAAUAUAAUCUUUGAAGGUUCACAACGAUAGUUCAGUGGUUGAAUCAGUUCCAAGCAAUUAAAGGCAGCAGAUAAACAGAAGCAAAUAAUAAAAUCAGUAUAGAAAGUAAAAGAGAAGUUGCGAGUUCUGACUAAUGGAAAGAAAAUAAAUUUAUUAUUAUCACGGGUGUGAAAAUACCAAAAUGUAGGACAUGAAAAGCUUAAAUAUUAAUGAAUUACGAAUCGAUUUGAAUCGUAACAAAGCCAUAUGGAUCUAGAUUACAUUUAAGUCAAUUUAAGUGCUGCAAAAUGCUGCAGUGUAAAUAUAAUCGGUGCGCAAGUAAAUACCAAAAUUGACAUCGAUGAAGUAAAAGAUCAAAAGUAAAGCAUUCAUCAAUUAUGUAGUUGAAAGUAAAGUAUUCGUCAUUUUAUUAUUCACAUUUCGUAUCUCGAUCAAAGCAAUCCUUUCUAACGAGAUUCUUUUCUUAUGGGCUUGCGCUGACAUUUGAUAUUUUCCUGCGCCCGAUCAAGAACUAGCCUCCAUUUGUAAAUAUACCUCAGUAAUUUAUCCAUACAUCACUAUCCAUUUAGUAAAUAAUGCUCGGUGGGCGACGGGUGGAACGUUAAGGACGAUUUUUGUAAUUUUUAUUUUAACAAGAUGAAUUCAGAUAUUAGUUAUACAUUGUUUAUCGAUCUUUUAAAUCUGAUAUAAAAAAUAAUGUUACAUUAAAAUAAAUAAUAUGUCGAUCAAAUUCAAUUUUGAUAACGUACAUAAAUUUACGCAGUGUGUUGUAAACUUGCACUUAGAAGAAAUCACGAGACAAUUUAGAAAAGACAGACAGGUUUAUUAAAUGAUCUUUACUUAGUAUAUAAUAAAAUAACCGAGUCUAUUCACAAAACAAGAAUUUACUUCCUAUCACGAGUCCCAAACAUUUUAAGAUAAGGCAAAUAAUUUAUAUUUAUAUACCUACAAUAUAUAUAUAUGUGCACAUAUAUAUAUAUAUAUGCGUAUAUAUGUAUAUACAUCUACGUAUACAUAUAUAUAUGCAUAUGUGAAGAUUAAAUGUACCGCAUUUGUUAACAAAUGCCAUGUGCAAAGAAUAGAUAUGAAUUAUACGACAACACCAGGAGUAAGAUGACGAUAAAUAUCCUUGUAUUUCGAAGAGCUUUACAGGUUACAUCGUAAUCAAUUGUAUUUGCAAGUGAUCGAUUUUCGUGAUCUAUUAUCAUGACUUUCGUGAUUUCGUACAUAUAAUUAAUAAGCUGUAUCGUCUUUAAAAAAGAUAUGUCUUUAUCUUGUUCUCAAAAGAUCAUCAUAAUCGUCAGUGUUUUUAAGUGGCGUUCAACGAUAAACUUAAUAACAAUUAAGCAAGUUCGAUUUCGAUAAAUUAUGAAUUAUUGAUACCAUUGAAUGUUUAUCAAAUCAUUUUACAGUAUAAAUAUUAAUUCGUUAUCGAUCCCACUGUAUCAUUGUCUCUGCACAAAAUCAUGUAGGUAAAUUGUGAUUCUUUCUUUUAGCCUUUGUAACUCGCAAAGCGCCACCAAAGACCUUGACGUCGUAAUAUUAUGAUUUUCAACAAAUAUUACUUAGGCUUACGAUAAAGGGAAAAAUUGUAUUAACAAGAUUAGUACGAUGUUAAACGGAUAUUGGUUAACUUCCAGGAAAUGCAAAUAAUUCAACUUGCAAUACGGUCUUAAGGAAAUAAAAAUUAGGGUAUAUAGUGACGAGCAGAGAUAUUAGUACGGGCAAUACAUGACUGUGUAUAAAUAAUGAAAAGCUAUUAUCUCGUUUUUAGAACGUUUCUAAAUUGGAUAUUUUACCAACUUCUUAUUUUACUUGAAUGUCUUGAGUAAUCGUACGGCUAUUAAAAACAAUAGAAUAUACAUUGGCAUAACUAUUUGCAUCGAAGCAAGAAUGUAUAUUAGCACUUUUAUGGUUUUACAUCGUAAAUUGUUAAAUUAGUUUGCUUUUAUAUUUUGUAUUAUAUAUGUAACUUUUUUUAUUAUUUCUUAAACCGUCAAACAUCGGAUGUAUUUUAUAAAUAAUUAUCUACCCUACUACAUGUAUUAUAAGAUCUUGAACUAUAAGUUCUUGAAACUACAUGUCAUUUUUCUAAACGUCGUUGUACUAUUGUCUUAGUCUUUUUCUCUAAUUUGAAUCAAAGAUAGUUUAGAGAUAGUGGUAGAUGUUUAGAUUCGUAACGUUGAAAAUAAGAAUUCUCUUUUAAAUCUCAUUCCUUUAUGUUUUUAUAUACGAUAUAUUUCCAAUAUAGACAGUCCAAGGAGUGGUCUGUUCAUCGCUAUAUACUUACAUAAAGAAAGAAACAAGAGAAUCGAUAGCUUCGUACAAUACACAAAGAAGUUGUACAAUAUUUUUUCAAUACUUUUUGUUUGCUUUUCCUACGAGGUUCCAACCACUAGCCGUUGUCCUUUUCUUUGUGAAAAUGUUAAAACUUUAUCAUAGCAUAAGUUUACUUCGCUUAAGCACUAAAAAAACAUACAUGUGUGAAGGUGCUUAGGGGUAUAAGUGACAAAAAAAUAUUAGCUUUAAGAAUGUCAGCACCCCGAACAAAUUCAGUGAUGGCGUUCCCAAUGAAUUUUAUGAUUCGUCAUAAUAUAGUAUCGUAGUUUUAGGGUUGUCUAAUUAAAUCCGUUUUAAAAUGCGAAUACGAGUAUCGCAUGAAUAACCAUAUUGAAAUAAGGGGGUAACCGAAUAACAAUGAUGAUUAAUGACAAUGAUAAUAAUUAGCCGACUGUAAAAAUAACGCUUUAUAGGCUAAGCUAACUUGUAUAAUUUCUUGUUGAGCGUGCUCUGAUUUCUUGUCUACACGCGCUUCUUCAUCAGUGAUCUCAGAGGAUGUUUGCGCACCUUCUAUUAUGUUGCUAUGUAUUUAAGCACGAGCUCUCUUUAACCCUUUCGUACCAGUGAGCUCGAGCACCUUAAUUAUUGUAAGGAAAGGUUUAUGCAAAUUUGUGAUUUCAAAGUAAUGUAAAUUGCGAUUAAAUACGUUUGCCGUUUGUAGGAAGCCUCUCGGACGACUUUAAUUCUAUCGUUACAAGAAUACCGAUAGUUUGUAAAUUCCUUUAAUUGCAUCAGCGAUCAAUGUUUCAUAUCCACGCUUAAUAUUAUCGUCGAUCGUAUCGAUGGAAAACUGAUUUCUGGAAAUUUCAUGAGAUUUGUUAAUUUUUUAACUUCAAUGAAAGUUAAUUCAACCAUUUUAAUUAAAAGCACGUUUAGUUAACAAAUUUCCUCUUACGAAUUUCAAUUAUAGAAAAAGGAUUGUUCUUUUUUGAUGAUAUUUCAAAAAAUCGAUACUUACGUAUCAUAUUGACAAUUUACAAACAUUUGCACAUUCACAUAAACAUAUAACAAGUACAAGAGUUUCUUUUGAAACCUAAAAGCUUUAUUUUCUGCAAGCUUUAUAUAUAAUGUGAUCUAUCGACUAAAAUGAAAAUAGCAUUUAUUAUCGUGUAAAUCCAGUCUAGUGAUUUGUUGUAAUAUUCGAUGAACAUCUUAUACAUAUAAUUUUCGAUGAAGAACUGAACUAAUUUUGUAAGUUGACCAGAAGCAGCGUCUUUAAUCAGCGGGUGAAAAAUUGUGCGAGCAGACAUUAAAAUUACGAAUGAAUAAAUCGGAAGAGUGUAAAAGUAGCGACGUCGAGCGCACCUAAACUACAAUUGUCUUUCUCGAAGGGUGUCGUCGACGAUUAAACAAUGUAAAUAGAAGAAAUGAAUAGAUGGUAAAGGCGACGCGAUGGUCGGAUAGAACUUUGAAUCGUCAAAGUCCAUGAUAGAUGCCAAUUGUAGCGAAGACGUGACAUCGACCACUUAUUUUCGAAGUUUUUAUUUAAAAUUUUUAUCAGCUAACAUUUCGUUUUAGUUUUUAAUAUUUUUUUUUUUUUUUUUAAAUAUUGAGAGUGUGAAAGCGAGGGAAACGUUCGAAUACUAUUGUACCUGUUGGAUUUUGAAAAAGAAAAAAAAAAAAGA